UGGCCGGCCCCUCCCGGGCGCCGCCGCCGCCGCAGGAGCAGCCAUGGCGCACGGUGCGCGGCGCUAGGAGAUGGCCGGCGGCUGCGCGGGGCGGGCGCGCAGGGCCGGCCGGCCGGGAGCCCCCCCGGCGGCGGCGGCGGCGGCGGCGGCUGCCUCCUCGUCGGCGGGGGGUCCGGGGCGGGGCCCCCCCCGGCGGCGGCUGGUGCUGUCGGGGGGCGGCUCGCUGAGCCUGGGCCGCCUGCGCGAGGUGCGCACCCGCGCGCGGCUGAUGCUGGCGCUGGGCGGCGCGCAGAUGGCGCUGGGCUGCCUGAUCGUGGCCGUCAGCUUCGCCGCCCUGGCCCUCACCACCUCGGCCCGCGUGCGCCACUCCUGCCCCUUCUGGGCCGGCUUCUCGGUAUUGCUGUCGGGACUUAUCGGAGUCGUAUCUUGGAAGAGGCCCCUCUCGCUCGUGCCCUGGUUCUACGGAGGCCUUGCGUUAGUUUUCUACAGCGAGCAUGACCGAUUUGGCACGGCUCUCUUGGAGGCCUGCUUUGGCGGAGGAGCCCAGCAGGAAUUCGGACAGAACACUUGGAGCUUUGACGGGGGCUGUAGAAGAGACCAUCAGGUUUCACCUGCAUCUGUGGCUGGCAUUCUCAGAGGCGUGUCGCAGUCAGAUGUGUUUCUUUCUGGGGCACAGUGCAGGAAAGAAGACUUCCGAAUGUGGGCUGCCCCCCAGAAUGGGGAGGGGUCGUGGCUCAGGGGCCGAGCAGAAAGUCCUGGGUUCAGCUCCUAG